CGCUUCUCUGGGAGAUCAUGCAGCUCAGGCCAUGAACCUACCUGGUGCGGCAAGGACCAUGAGCGCAGCGCAAAAUGCAAUUCUGGAAGGCGCACAGCAUUACACUUCGUAUCAUCAACCAGAACAGCCUAGUGAUCAGCCCACGGACGAAGAAGACGAGACGGCAAAGCUGCGGGGAGACGAUACUGUGGUAGGUGACGACACGCCGCCGCAUACUUUCCACGCAUUCGUGCAAUCCCAGAAGGACCUCCUCGAGCUGAAUUCUCUACAACUUCCUGCAGCGCACGGGCAAGGAGGUAUUUUUGAGU